GUUUUUUGGGAGUAAAUUUCCCCACAGAUUGUUCAGGAACAGAUCUGAGGUAAGUAAUAUAUUUUUGUACAGUUUAUUGUUAUAAAGUAUAUUUCAUAACUCGUCAGUUUUAUCCACUUGGCCUAAUAUGAAAUCAUGUUUGAGUUUGUUCAGUAUUCCCUUGUCUGUUUGGUCUUUCAGCUCCCUGUUUGCAUUUCAGGUAUUUAGCUGCGACUAUUCUUGGCUGCAGCGGCUCACGGUAACUGUCCUGCAGCUAAGAUGGCCACUGAGAAAAGACUGUCUGCGAGGCGUAAACACACCCUGAAGAGCUGUAUGCUCAUGGUGGCCAAUAAUUUGCUGGAAGCUGAAGCGUCAGUGAAAGCUGAAGAGAGGCAGAAGUUUUUGGCAGAGAAACUUCCUCCUUUGGAGCUGCCCUACUCCAAAGACGAGCUCAUGGAACUUUGCAAGAAGCUUCAUGAGCAGAUUGACAUCAGUGAAGAGGAGAGAUACUGCAUAGAGUUCAAACUAAACAUGGUUCUUAAUGAGGUUCGAGAUCUCAACAUCAAGAUUGUGGAUCUGAGGGGCAAGUUUAAGAGACCCAGGCUGAAGAAAGUGCGUAUGUCCGCUGAUGCUAUGCUGAAAGCUCUGCUGGGCUCUAAACAUACAGUCAACAUGGACCUGAGAGCCAACCUGAAGCAGGUCAAGAAGGAGGUGAAAGAAGAGGACAAGCAGCUGCGUGACGUCGGAGAUUGGCGCAAGAACAUUGAAGACAAGUCCGAUAGGAAGAAGAUGUUUGAUAGUUAAACAUGAUCGAUCUUUCAUUUUUGGGCAUAAAAGUGAUUUUCAGGACAGAAAUCAGGUCAGGUGUCUUUGUAACUGAAGAGUUUUAUUCCAAGGUGCUGCAUAUCCACCUCAAGUGAUAAAAGUAUUGAAGUGAGGGCUGUAGAAGUUGUACUACACUUAGUUUACAAAUUUACAAUCAAAUUAAACUGAAUACUGAAUGCUUUAUCAACCAAAUGUAUAGGAGCAACAUUAAAGUGUGGUAUCUUCUUGUGUGAUACAGUAAGUGAUAAAUGCCCCUUUUUGAAGGUAGUGUUGGAAAACUGCAAACAUAGAGUUUUUGUAUUUAUAUAUUCAUCUGCUAUUUGUGUGUUACUUCACUUUAGUUCCAAAUAAGGAGAAAGAGAUGACUGACUUUGUGUGUUUUUCAAAGGUAUACAGGACAGGUUGUGCAUCUGAAAACUGCCUUUUAAGCAGAGUAGAUGAAGAAAGAUGGGAUUGCAGUUAGAUAUAGUUUGUGGUUAUCAUCUUUGGAACAAAGCUCUUCAGUUGAAUCCUUCUGCUUUUGCCUGUAUGGACAAUGUAAUGUGAUGUAUUUGUACUGUAAUGAAGAUAGCUAUUAGCUACGUGUUGAAUUAAAACUGCGCUUUUUCUGUAAGGGCUGAGGCUUCUGCAUUAAAAUGAUGCUGUAUUUUUCCUCAAAAAUGUAGUUGUUUAUAACAUCUUACCACUAGAAAAGCACUCGAAGAGCGCAGACCUCCACCAAGGCAGAUCAGCGCCCCCCCCCGAUUACCACCAAAAUUUAAUCAUUUGUUCCUUGUGCCAGUAUCAACAUUUCCUGAAAAUUUCAUGUAAAUCUGUCCAUAACUUUUUGAGUUAUCUUGCUAACGAACCAACAAACAAACAAACCCUGGCACAAACAUAACCUCCUUGGCGGAGGUAAUAACAGCUACAUUUUAGAAAGUACUGUUCAGGAAAAAUGUAAAACAGAUUGGAUGGUAUACUUACUGUACAUGUAUUUUUCAGCACAGAUGAUUUUGUUGCUUAAAUAUUUGGAUCUUAGUUAUUUUAUAAAAUUUAACAAAUGAAGAAAAAAAUUGGACUCUACUGAAUAUGUAUUAGUUUUGUAGCCUAUGCGUUAUGGUUGACGAGCUACACAUGACAAAUGAAACAAAAAACCAUAGGGUCUAAACUCCACAGGUGAAUACAUAAUUGUCACAAUGCCUCAUUUAUGCAGAAAUAGAACUCAGCCUGCAGUCUGUUUUACUCACUGUCAUCUUUUCUAAACUGUUCACACAGAAAUGUGAUGUACUGUCUCUUCUUGCUACUGUCACAUUAAAUCUAAAAGCUUUGUGUUCAUCU